AUGUUUGAGCACAACGUGGGGGGCAUACGAUGGCAGUCUGCUGCUUCGUACCUCGCGAAUGGAAGACUGCGGUCGGUUUCCUCGGCUGGGACUAUCGGGGGUGAGAGUCCAUCGAAUCUUCCGCCUGCAGGAAGCUGUGAGGCGGACGGCUCCACGCUCGUUUUUCCGGUUCUUCGCCGCGAUCAGGACGACGAGCUGGUCUCGUUCCUGCAAAGUGGCCAGGGGGAGGCGGAAUGGUUUGUUUGGCUUGUGGUUUUGAGUGAUAUCGGAAGGAGGUCCUUUUCUGGUUGGGUCAGGGGCUCUAUCGAGGAUGUGCCGGAUCUUGACGUGGAAUUCGAGCCGAAUGGAGUAUUAUGGCAAUCUGUAUUUUGGUGUCUGACAGCUAUCGCGCUGAACACCAUGGCCCAACCUUCGGGUAUGAUACUCAGGUUAUUCCCUUCCAAAUAUGGCUUCGUCCUACGGUCUUCGCCUAUCAUCCGCGUCUUGGACGCACUCCGUAUGGUGUUUCGUGUUAUUUUCGACAGCAUCAGCGUUAAUGUGAUGGAACUACGAUUCCGUGGCAUGGGCGAUCGGGCUGAAGAGGGUAGCCUCACUAGUCUACAGAGAAACACCCCUUUUCGGCUCGUAUCGUUCGCAUUCGGUGCGGUCCCUCAGAUGAUCUGA